AUGUUCAAAGUUGGUUUCACCCACAACCCUGUUUGGAGAUGGGGUAGUCCUAUCUAUGGCUAUACCUCGAAAGCAACAAAAGAGAAAUACUCCAACAUGUCGGUGAUAUAUGCAGCUCCGGAACCUUACAGCCCCGCUAUGCUGGAAGCAGCAUUGAUUGAUAAAUACAAAAGUACCGUUGGAUGCAAAAACGAGAAGAGCGGUGGUGACACAUGCAAAUGGGAGGGCCAAACCUCAGGCUUUGUGAGAGAUGUGGGCAGGGAAGCCGCUGCUAGGUUCUUGCUUGCAGCAGUGCCAAAGGUUCUCUACAGCUGGGACAACGAUGAAGUUUGGCAAGAUUUGAUGCAGCUCGCGACAGAUGAGGCAAAUUUUAUGUUUUAUGAAGGCGUGCUCGAUGGCACAUGUCGACGUGGCAAGUUCAACAUGGCUUUGCUUUUUAUCUCAGGAGAUUGGCCAUGGCUUGCUGAUUCGGGCAACCUGGCGAGGAGCUACCGCAAUGUGCAGAAAAAGAAGAACCAGCAAAGACACCUUGGCAUUUGCCACAUGUGUGCUGCGGGCCAGACCGGCUAUGACUUUGAGGAAAUCAACUCCCGGCAGCCGCAGUGGCUUCGCACGAUGUUUACGCUGGACUGCUUCUCCGAAGGUGGACCCCCACCAUUUGCAGAUCUACCUCAUGUGCCAGGGCGUCUGGCAGAGCUAUGGAGGUUUGAUGCUUUUCAUACCCUUCACUUGGGCGUGUGCAAGAUCUUUUUGUCCAGUUCUUUGGCCCUGCUUUCAGAACUCCAGCCAGAAUCUGCGAUCGACGACAGAUUCGCAUCCCUCAGUGCAUUGUAUCUGUCAUGGUGCAAGACACACAGCGAACGGCCAUGGGUGAGCAAAUUGACCAAGGAAUUGCUCAAUUGGCCAAGUACUACAGUAUUCCCGACAGGAAGCUGGCACAAGGGUGCGCUUUCGACAACAUUGAUGAGAUGGUUUCAAUUUCGCUUUGAACGUGAGGGUUCCAAUUGGCCUCCGAUGCUUGCACGGGCUGGUGAGGCAUGUGUCUUGAUGAACGAUUUCUUGAAGGGCCUAUAUGAUGCAGAAGCCUGGUUGCCCGCGUCAACUGCACAAAAAAUCGCUGAAAAUGGUUUUGCAUUUUUGAUUCAAUAUGCUCGCCUGGCUCGGAUGGCAUACCUGGAAGGAAGGACCUCGGUGACGCUGCCCCUGUCCGGCUUCACGGAUUACUGGGACGAUGCCACCGGGGAGGCCAUCAAGACCUGCCAGGAGAACAAGAUCUACUGUCCGGAUGAGAAGACCCUGAAGGACAUGAGGACAAUGGGUUUCUGGGCUGAAGGCGUUGCGGGCAAAGUGCACCUGGAGAUCAAGUCGGUGACGGCCACGGACUGCAAUGCGAUGGUCGUUUGAGCGGCGGAAUAUUGAAAUGUAUAUAUGGCUCCGAUUGCAUGUUUCGGAUCUCUAAAGGUGGAAAUUGAUGGAUUAUGC